CCAGUGGAAUGAUCUGGCCUUAGCAAGAGUUUUGGCAUCCUUGUGAAAUAUGUGUUUGUCCUGAUCGGGAAAUGAAUAGGAUUAACGGUAUACCGACGGAUUAAGGUCAACAUGUUUUUGUGUAUCGCCAACAAUCUUUGGACUCUGUAGCAAUAGCCAAUACCAUGAUUAUUUAAAUUAAAUAAGAUUAACAAUUUCCCUCCGUGAUCGUAGGGGCAUUAUAGCUACAAUAAGACCUGUUUUAAUUUGGAUUACGAUCUGUUGAGAAACAACUGGCAUAUACUGCGGCAUAUUUAUUUUGCACUGAGUCAAUCAGAACAGACCGUAUCAAGAUGGCUGCGAUCAUCUUGACGGUAGUGUUGUGUGUAUUGUCGGUGCCCGGGGGGUUGGGACAGACGUUCCCCACGGGCUGUGCCUACGAUGCAACUGAUGCCUCUGUUGGUGUUUACAGCUGUGAUUUCACCGCCCUCGCCUCAUCAACUAUAGCUUACAGUAGCUUUUCCAAUCCGUACCCACAGCGUCUCCGGAUAUACAAAAUAUCCGGAACUAUCGGUUCCGGUUCUCCUCUCUUUUCCGGAUUUUCCAGCUUCUCCAGCACGAACUUCGAUGGGAACUAUGUGGCUAGCCUAGAGAUUGAGUGUGUUUCCAACACGGACACAACGUUUAGUGCUGGGGCAUUCCCGGACAUGGGUUAUCUACAGGGAGUCACCUUCAAGAACUGUAAAUUACUCUCCAUUCCGGCCAGCGCAUUCGCCGACUUCGGUACCCUCAACUACUUCCGGAUCGAAGGCGGAAGUAUAGCAGCACUAGAUGCUGCUUCCUUCACUGGAGUCAAUGUCUCCAAAUUGUCUGUUCCCGACCCGUCCGGGGACUUCACCAUCAAAAACUGCGCUACCCCCGGAACUUUCCCGGCCACUAUGCUGGAUCAUCUAACGACAACCAAGAAAUUUGACUUCAACAACGCCGCUUUGACGGAAGUGACGACAACCACGUUCUCUCUCAACAAGGCCGUGACGUCAAUAGUCCUCUCCAACAACGUCAUCACCACCCUCACCGAUAACGUUUUUGAGGGAUUGGACGCCCUUUCCGCCGUCGACAUGACGGGCCUACAGUGGACCUGUACCUGUGAGGCGUUGUGGUUCUUGGAGAAAUUCAGCACUGCAGGCAUAGAAAUCGUGGGGGGUCCUGUCUGCAGCUCGCCGGCAGAUUAUGCAGACAAGAGAUCCACUAAUUACUACAGUGCGUCAUGUACGACUACCGAUAUCUGUAAUGGUACCCCAGGUAUUGUGAUGGGGUCCUCCUGUAUGACUGUUUACCAAUUAGUCAGCUACAGUGUCCUCUUAGUAACGCUCGUGCUCUCGUGCGUGGCUCUAGGACUGGUCUGCAAUACCCGGAAACAACUUACCAAUAACAAGAACAAACUCAAGAACAAGAAGAAUAGCUCGUGGAACAAGGUCCAGGACGCCCUGAAACGAGGCGGCAACACCGGGCAAAAACCUCCCGCUAAAACAAACGCUCCAAAGGGCAAGGGCUGGGUGUAACCAAAGCGAGGCUCGUGACGUCAUGUAUUCGGGCAAAUAUCAAUUAAUAAUUAUAAAAAUUUUCAUUUGUAUGCCGCCCUUCCUAGUGUUAAAACUUUCAGGUUAAACACCAAUAAUCAUUAAGAUUCUUUUGUCGAAAUACGUAAUAAUGUUCUGUAUAUAUCAGUAUUAUGUUGUAGAACGUGAAUUUAUAAUUCUGAGUCGUUUACUAUGAUCAGGAUUCACCUGGCAAAGCGGUGCGCAAUGUAAAUAUUUCCUUUUCCAAAACAAAAUGAAAUUAGAAAAUACUUACCCAUUCAUUGAAUUCACUAUCAUGUAUUAAGUGUAUAUCACGCUCCACUCUCUCUUCAAGAACUCCAUUUCUACUAUUUAUAUAUUUUAUUGUUUGUUUGUUUGUAAAAUAAAAUGAUGAAAAUGC